CUCUACUUGGCGUACACCACGCAGCAGUACAAGAUGGCGUCUUCAACAAACCGUCACCCGAAAGAAACUGCUACAGAUACAUGGUCUACGCGCGAACGGCUGUGUUUGGCGUCAUCGGUGUUAAGAAGCGGAGAUCAGAAUUGGGUGUCCGUAAGCAGAGCGAUACGGCCUUUGGGCGAGGCUAAUCGACCGAACGAUUGGUUUUCCCAAAAGAAUUGUGCUCUGCAGUAUGCCGAUCUUUUGAAGACAGUGGAGUCUCCCAAGAGAAAGCGAGGAGAUCGCGGUGACUUGGACACCCCCGGUGACUUAAUCGUCCGAAAUCUUACUUUGGAGCGCAUUGAAGAACUGAAGAAACUGAUCGAAGAAGAAAAGCAACAACAUAAGCAACUUCAAGAAGACAUUCAGCUUAUAUUGUCUGGAUCAGUGGAUGACGAUCUGGUGAAGCUGCUGCAGGACAUCGAGGCUGAGGAUGUGCCUGGAGAUACCAUUGACCGGGAGCUCGAAAACUUGUCUGACUGUGAGCUAGAGCUAGAGGUACUCAAGGCUGAUGUACAACCACCUUCAUGCUCGAAGACAGUCCCAAGUAGUUCCAUGCAAGAGAUGCAGCGGAACAGCUCACAAUCUGAACAUAGUGAGCCAGACAGCAUGGUUGGAUCUCCAAUCUGCAUUGAGGUGGAGGACCCUCUGACUCCACAAGUCCAGGAAAUACCAGAAGUGGAGAGGCCGUGCACACCACAACCCAAAGUGGUUUCGCCUUUGCCACAUGUGACGUCCUGUACCCCUCCAACACCACCUGCGGUCUCAACAUCACUGUUAACCUCAUUGCUCAAGUCCCCCACUCCAUCUAGUCCAGUGUCAUCUGUUACGGGUCUCCGCUCCUUGACGCCAUUUCCAGUGCAUCAACUCAAAGAGCAAAGCAGUCCCCGGUCACAUCUGACUCCAUCAUUUUUCAAUCAAUCAGCUGCGCGACAGCUGGCCACAUGCACUCUGUCUCCAUGCACAUCGUCAACUACAGUUCAACGUUUUUCACCCACAUCCACAACUGCUGAUGGAGUUUUACGCUCAUCAAUUCUUCAGAUGUCUCCCCAUUCUGCCACAUCAUCCGCCCCAACGCUAUCCAAGCUGCUGGAAUUGCCCCCUAGCACUCCUGGGGGCUGCCUUCCUUCACUACCAUUCCUGACUACAUCACCAGCAGUGUUGUCACCAGUUGCUAGUCAAGUGACCACUUUCUCGCCCCUGGAGAGCAGCAACAGCAUAGAUACCACAUCUGAUGAUACCAAGUUUACCGCUGAUGAUGCCAAGUUUACCGCUGAUGGUGCCAAGUUUACCGCUGAGGAUGCUAAGUUUACUGCUGAUGAUGCCAGGUUGACCGCUGAUGAUGCGAAGUUUACCGCUGAUGAUGCCAAGUUUACCGCUGGUGAAGCCAUGUUGACCGCUGAUGAUGCCCGGUUGCCUGUUGGUGAUGUCAUGUUGACCUCUGAUGCCAUGUUGACCGCUGAUGAUGCCAGGUUGACCGCUGAUGAUGCCAGGUUGACCGCUGAUGAUGCCAGGUUGACCGCUGAUAAUGCCAGGUUGACCACUGAUAAUGCCAGUGUACCAGGCUUGGUGUUGUCCCCUGUCAAGCAGACUGUGGAAGGCAUGACAACGCCACUGGUCAGUGAGCCUUCUGAAACACCUUGCGAAGUUCCAGUAGUUGAGACGGUGGAGUCCCAACCAGAGCCAUUGCCUGCUCCAUCCCUUGCUCCUGAGGAGCCUAUGGAGAUCAUUGAAGACGUCCCUGAGGAUGUGCCACCCAGAGAAAUGGAAGCUAAAGUUGAGUCUAAGGAAGAAGUCUUGGAGGAAGAUGUUGAUCGGACAGUCUCCCCAGCUGAAGGAGAGCCUGUGAUGGAGACAGUGGCGUCAGAGGAAAUGGUCGCUGAGGCAGUUAUUGAGGACUCUCUCUCAUCCAGCAUCAUUGUGGAUGACGACAAAGAAAGUGUCCAGUUGGAGCCUGAACAUGGCACAUGCGCUGAGCAGGAGACAAAGCCUGAGAGCGAGGUCAACAAGGAGGCCGUAGAGGCCCCUGUGGAAGAGGCUUGCUUGGAAUCUGGAUCAAAGGACAAGGAUGACAGAGAUGAAAAGGAUGACAUGGAUUACCAGCCUGCAGCUGAUGAGUCCGACUCGGCCAAAGAUGCUGCGAAAUCCGAUGCAAAUAAUGAUGAGGCUCCACUAGAAUCUCCUGAUGUACUGUCAAAGAAGGAUGAACAGACAUCAGAAGACGAUCUGCAGGAAGAUCCUCAGCUUACAGCUCAUGAAGAUGAUGAUGAUGCAGAAGAAUCUAAAGAUGCCUGGGCCCCUGGAACAGUCAGCUCACCAUCACCAGGUGAAGAGACCAUGUAUGACACACGGAGUGAAGACGAUGGCGAUGAUAAGUUGAAGGAUGACAAGUCAUCUAUAGAUGAUGCAAGAACAAAGACGCCCGAGACACCCAGUGGCACUGAGCCAGACAUGAAAGAUGAUGCCUCGCAGCAUAUGGAGUCGGGCACUGAAGAUGGCUCUGGAGAUUUGAGUAAACAUUUGCUUGGCUCUGUUGGGGAUUCUGUUCCGAAUAGCCCAGCAUCUGUGCUGCAGGGGGAGGAUUCUGAGGUUGUUAGAGACUACAAGGUAUGGAAGAAAGCUAUUAUGUUGGUCUGGAGAGCAGCAGCAAACCACAAAUUUGCAAAUGUGUUCUUACACCCAGUCACAGAGGAAAUGGCCCCUGGUUAUCAUAGCAUCGUACACAGACCAAUGGAUUUGUUGACAAUCAAGAAAAACAUAGAAAAUGGCUGCAUCAGAACAACCUUGGAGUUCCAGCGUGACAUGAUGCUUAUGUUUCAAAAUGCCAUCAUGUACAACAAUUCUGAUCACGAUGUCUUUCACAUGGCUAUUGAAAUGCGCAAGGAGGUCAUGAGACACAUACAGGACUUUCUCGCAACCCAGUUGAUGGUGCAAACCACAGAGACCAAAAUCCUGCGUGGCCGUGACGGACGAGAAAGGAAAGUGGAAUAUAGCUUGGAUGACAAGGAAGGAGAAGCACUCAAUUAGGCCAGACGCCUGGGCUGAUGGCCUUCCAGGGUUGAAAAUAUAGUGCAGAAGAAAUGGUACUACUUGACCAGCUGACUUAUGGACAAUACUCUACUACUGGGCAAUGAACUGCAUCAAACAGGAUACAAAGAAUGCAGACUUUUUUAAAUUAACUAAUAAAUGAACUCUUCUUGCCAAUACUACUCCA